CGUUUAGCCAGGCGCCGCUUACAACUCAUUUGUUUAUUUAUGUGCUCCAUAAAAAUGAAACUGUAGCGCAUUCUUCCUGCGGGUCGCCAAAUGAUGUGAAAGAAGCAUAUUUUCAAGUCUCACUCGUCUUUCUUUGUUUCACGAGUUGCCUUGACGGAGACACCAUGGGUCGGCUGGAUGAUGCUGCCAAACGCAAAGUGGUGGAACUGAGGAAGGCCGGUCUUAGUUUCCGCAAGAUUAAGGCAGUGCUGGAGUUGGAGAACAUCAAGGUGUCUGCACAGGCCAUCUACCUCUUCCUAAGGGAGUUCCAGGGCAGGCGACCGGGCAGGGUCAGACCUUUGAUGAUUGGUAGCAACACAUCGCCAGCAGAUAUACAGAGUCUACCUGGAGGUCUGCAAGAGAGCUGGAGCAACAUACGGCUCCAAAACCUGCUCCGGGAUGUGUCUCACCACGUCGGCUUGACUGCUGCAAACAGGUUUGCUAAAAAGGCAUCCACUGGCACGGAGACCAAUGCAAAAGCAUCUGGGUCUGGGGAAAGCAGCGGAGACAGCAGGCCGGUGCAGCAGCAGCAGCAACGUGUGGAAGAUGGGGAAGAGAAUGACAUCCAAAUUGUGAGCGUCACCUCUCUUGCACAGAACAGUCAACGAAGAGCCGACACGAUUGCGACAACAUCUUCAUCCGGAACAUCGUCUUUGGCCUUCACCAGGCGGCGAGUCACUCCUUCUCCGGCCACCAGUUCCAUGUUGGCAGCCCGUAAGCGGCUUUUGGAUAAAGCACUGACACACAAGAUGAAGGUGGCAACAUUGUUGAGGAGAGAUCAUGCAAACGUCACAAGUUCAGAUUUAACUGCAAUGACGCAACCACAACAGACAUCAGCAUCCUCACAUUAUGAUCUGACUACAGAAAAGACUGGACUGGAGGAUGGUGGAGGAAACACAGCCAGGCGCUUUGUCGCACAGAGACCAGGUCUGCCCCUUCGUUCCACUCACACUCUGCCACGUGCUGGAAUCCGUCUUCCUAACCGCCCGCCAGCUCCUUUAACUUCCGUCCGCUUGCCGGCUUCCGGAGAUCCCGGGCCAUCUUGUAACGAGGGUAGCCAGCAGCAACAGGUAAUCCAAGACCUGAGGGGUGGUCUACAGGAUAAGAUACAGACUCUAGGCAGUGAGGUGCGCAGCCUGGGCCUGGCGGUGAAGAUGCUGGUAGAGCAGCAGAGCCGCCUGGAGAGGGAGCAAACGCAGCAGACGCACAUCCAAAAGCAGAUACUCAGCACCUUGCAGACCCUCGCCUCCAAAGUGGGACCUUGCAGCAACAUUCAGCCGCCGCAAAACAAAACACCUUCUCCUUCCUCCUUGCCCGCCGCCUCUUCAUCCGCUGCCUUUAACCAAGAUACCUUUAACUUCAGCCAAGUCACAUUCAGCCAGUGCAGCCAAACCCAGGCAGCCUUCGACUCUUUAGAGAGUUUAGAACCUGUCGAGGCCUUUAAGCUACCAGUCUUGAGCCCCGCCGGUAUGAACGGAUUCCCUCCGUGUAGCAGCAGUGAGAGCCUCUCACUCACUCACACCCCGCCUCAAACUCAAUCGUACAUGGCCGCAUACCCUCAGCAAAACUGCCUCAUGCCCCCUUACGCUCAGUCUUACGUGCCCACGUACGACAGGUCACACACGUACAGAGAUGCGGGAAGCAGCUGCUCCAGGAGGACUAUUCAGGACUGCAGUGUGUCCAUGCAGGAUGAACACCUCAAUAUUAUUAAAGUGGAGGGACCCUAAAUUGAUGAUAGCUUUUUUUAGAAGAUAUUUAUUUUCUAGGUAUAGUGGAACCUCUGAAGUUGAACACGUUACUGUCUAGUUCCAAAUCGCCCGAGUGCAGCUGGGAUAGGCUCUGGCCCUGUUUUCGGAGAAAAAUAUUUUAAAGUUUGCUACUAUGCCCAACCUUUAGACCCUGUUGUGUUUGUGAGUGACAGGAUGACAAGCUGUGACUUGCUUGGAGAUGUCACCCCUGCUGGUGUGCAUUUAUAGAUAGCUGGACUCCAAAUAUAAAACACAUAGGUUUCAGACUUUUUUAUCUUAUAUUUGGGUCUAUACGGUACAUUGCGGAACACUGGUCAACCUCCAAUUUUACUUAGUCAUAAACACUUUAUUUGCUGUACAGGCAAUGUUUUAAAUAAUGCAAAAUGACUCAUACAUUGAUUAGGACAACAUAAAAACAUUUGUUCUUACUAUAACACAUUUAUAGGGAUGUAACGGUAUCAAAAUCCCAUGGUUCGAUAUUAUCAAGGCAGCACGGUGGACCAGGGGUUAGUGCAUGUGCCUCACAAUACGAAAGUCCUGAGUAGUCCUGGGUUCAAUCCCGGGCUCGGGAUCUUUCUGUGGGGAGUUUGCAUA